UUGCAGUGGGCUGCGUAAGACAGAAACCGAAGCGACAUCUGUCGAUUAUAUUAGUCGCACAUUGGGCUGGAACAAAUGAACCGGUAAAAACCAUCACAUUUGGCAACGUGUUUGAGUGUUUUUAUCCUAUUAUAAAAAGGAGAUAAUUUAUAAUCGUGAAACAUCAUGACAUCUCCACCUAUUAAAUAUACGACCAACAGAGCCAUUGAUCAUUUCAAUGUUGCAGCUACACUCAUGAAAAUCAUCGGCUACGUCGACAGCAUUGAAGACCUGAGAGAGUUGCCAAAGUCUCCAUCUAAGUGGAUUUACAAGUGCAUUUUAAAUAACAAUGAUGGCAGAAGGGUUCGCAUACUUUGCUCGGGGGAUGAUGCUCUCAAAUACAAGGAUGAGAUCAAGAUGUAUCAGAUAAUAAAAAUCACUGGAGGGAUUAUUAAAGCGGCCAAUCCACAGUAUCGGCGAUCAACGGACACUGUGAGCGACAAAGAAUUUCAAUUUGCACGUAGGAGCACUUUCGACAUCUUUGGCACAUUUAACAUUACGAAUGGAGCUGACAAUGGAAGGUCGAAGGUCAUCUCAUAUAAAAAAUUGAGAUGGAGAACGUUUGUGCUGCUCGCGGGCCAGUCCAGAUCACUGGAUGGCUCAAAGAGCCAUUCAGAAGCAUUACCACGAAACUGAAAGCUGAAUAGCUUUAAUGACGUGCUAUUUACUCUGGAAGUUCAAUUGCAAAAUUGAAAAUUUUUUCUAUAACAAGUUCUAGACUGUUAUUUUUUCACACAAAAAUUGAGUUCUAUAACAAGUUUAACACUGUUAUUUUUUUACGCAAAAAUUUAAUUCUAUAACAAGUUUAAUACUGUUAUUUUUUUACACAAAAAUGAAACAUUGACAAGCUUGAGCUCUUUAAGAAUCUGAUUUUUUACUUUUAAAGACUGCCAACUUCAUAGCAGUAAGGUUAAUACUCAUUUAGCUUUAACAACCAAAACAGAUGGAAUUAUAAUAAUCUAUUCAUGAACAUUAGUAUUUAUUCAGAAUUUAUUUCAAUAUAUGGCCCUGUUUUUGAAGAAAAAGUAUUACUAAACAUUUGUAUUUUUUAUAUAUAACAGAGAAAACUGAAGACUAAUUAAUUUUAUGAUUAAAGUAGAUAAAGCUCUCCGGAAUCACAGAUAAGUGAUACAAAGGAUGUAUUCAUGUUAAUGUUUGUUCAUAUUUCUUAACAUAUGUUGUAAUGUCAAUUAUAAUUGUUGGAACAU